AGGAACGUCGUGACGAGAAACAUCAGGAAAAACGUCGUAAUGGCGGAGCGAAUGUUAGCUGUCGAGGUAUGCGUCUCGGGUUGCGUUUUAUCACCGUGAGCUGAGACAACGCGCAAAGCGAGCGUGCUAAUCACGCGGACCCGUUACGCUGGGACACGUCUGUCUCGAGGAGGACCCGAUCGUUUGUGAGAUUCGUCGAGCAUUCGCCGCGACACAAUGAUGAAUAAUCGCAGGCGCAGCAACUUCACGUAUGUCAGCUCGUGCGUGAAGUACAUGAUUUUUAUGCUGAAUUUCGUCUUCUGGCUAUUUGGCGGACUGCUAAUCGGCGUAGGUCUCUACGCGUUCGUGGACAAAUGGCAGGCGACCGGAUCUGUUCGGGUGGAGAACGUCUAUGACGUUGUUUUGAACAUCUCUUUGGUGAUGUUGAUAGCUGGUGGAGUGGUUUUCGUCGUCAGUUUUGCUGGCUGCGUCGGAGCCCUUCGCGAGAACACAUGCCUUCUUAAAUUUUACUCGCUGUGUCUUCUAGUAUUCUUCCUUUUGGAGAUGGGUGUGGCAAUCGUCGGUUUUGUAUUCCCCCAUACCCUGCAGUCAAUCUUGGAAGAGUCGUUCACAGACAAGAUAAUUCAGACAUACAGGGAGGAUCCAGAUCUGCAAAAUUUCAUCGAUUUUGGUCAACAAGAAUUCAAGUGUUGCGGCUUGAGUCAAGAAGGAUAUCUAGACUGGGGAAAAAAUGAAUAUUUCAAUUGCACUAGCCCUAGUGUGGAACGUUGCGGGGUACCAUUCUCUUGUUGCAUAAACGCUACUGAUAUAUCUAGCGGACUUGUAAAUAUAAUGUGUGGCUACAAAGUUCAGAUGUUACCAGUGUCGGAAGCGAGUAAAAAGGUGUGGACCAGCGGAUGCAUUGAGAUCGUCCGGAGUUGGGCGGAACGUAAUCUCUAUACGAUAGCCGGCAUCGCUCUGGGCAUUGCGCUCAGCCAGCUUUUCGUGAUCUACCUUGCGAAAACGUUAGAAGGUCAGAUCGAGUUGCAGAAGUCUCGCUGGCAUUCCUGAGCUUGACUUCAGGCCACCUACCGUUACCAGAUACAUUCUGCGGCCAACAGGCAGGUGGCCAGCGGCGGCCGAUCGCGCGGAUCACAGGACAAUGAGACGAAUAUAAACGCGCGAAUGGCAUUGCUCGUUCUCUUCGCGAUCUCUUUAUAUGUACUGUGCAUUUUUUCCCUCAUCAAGCUCGUCCUUUAUUUCAAGAAUUUCUUUCAACUGUACGCGAGUAAAGGAUAAGAUUUGACAGUCGACGAGCUCUCUUCGACGCUAGACUAUGCGUUUGCGACCAUGGAGGCAUCAAUGAAUAUCUUGCAGAGAAAUUAUGUACAUACGCGGAUGCAAAAGUGGUGUCUUGUGCGAUUACAAUAAGCGGUAAAAGUUCUCUUUAAUACUCAGGAAAGCAUUUACUUUCUCGCUUACACAGCUGAUUGCAUGAUUCAAAACGCUUCGCGCUUGCAUUAGCGAGUUACGUAUCAUGCGAUCGUGUGAAUGCUGCACGAGACACGAUUAAUGCAUUCGUCUGUACAUGCGACUGGUAAAAUUAAAGACAAAAGUGAGAGACAUUUACAUGAUGAAUUCUGUAAUACGCAUUUCACUAAACAUAUUAUACAAUGCGUUAUAUUAUGUUGCCUUACAUAAUGGUGUGUUUAGAAAAAUCGCCGACUUUUAUAAUUAUAUAAAACAUCUGUUUCUCGCGUUAUUCUCCUUCAAGCCAAUUUUUCGAAAAUUUUUUUCUUUUCAAUACUUUAUACAGUAUACAAAGAUAAUUUGUGUAUUAAAUUAAGACAUUUAGAUCUGAUGUAAUUUUGUCUUUCUAACACGAGAUAGUUCGUUGAUGUAUGAAUUCCAUCAUUUUCAGCACAUUAACAAAUUUGUUUUAACGGUUAACAUUGAUAUGUUGUUAAUAAGUGACAUAGGAGCUUAUUUCACAAGAAUUCAGAUAAUGAUAUCAUGUGCACAUUUUCGUAUAUGUUACUUCCAUUAAGUAUGUAAGAGUUAGAAUAUAAUGAAUUUAAUAUUAGUGAUGAAUAUUAUCUUGUAAAUGAAUCUUGAGAAAUUAAUUUGCUCUAUUAGGUAGGUGUAAAUUGAAUCGUCGAAUUGUUUUGAUUUCUUUUUUUGUUUAAAUAUUUUUAAGUAGUUAAAUGCAUUUGAUUAUAGAGCAACGUGUAUAAUCAAUUUUUGUCUCUUCUCUUUUGUAAUUGACAAUUACAAAUGUAUUGUUCUCCUAUAAAUAAGUGAAUGUAUGUGCAAUGUUGAACUUACGAUACUGAUAAUUAUUAAUGGUGAUUCUCAUUCACUUGUAAUGUAUGCAAUGCCAUAUCUGUAUACGUGAAAUCACAAAUGAGCGCACAUUUAUUUAAACAUGGUAUUACAUUGAACAUGAUAAUUUAUAUUUCACUGUCACAUUGCAUUAGCAGAACUCAUGUAUGUGAGACAAGAAACGUCCAGUGCCAAAGUCAGACUAUUGUUGCUCUUUUGUUUUAAACAAAUCUGACAAUAAUCUGGUAUAAAUGAUUUGUUUAAUGCAUUAGGUGUCUCUUUGUCGAGAAUAAAUGUAAAACUGAAUAUAAAACCUAGUUUGUAAUAAACAAGUAUUAUUCUAA